AGCGACCAUAGGUAGCUGAUAAGGCCGCUCUUUUCCGCGGAAAGGUCAUGUUCCUUUGACAUACAAGGGCUCUAGUGGUAGUUCUGUAUUGACUGCUGUAUUUGUGUGUGUUAUUCUCGCUACAGGAAUGCGGCGACGCGCGGGCCGGGAUACUCUGUUAGUGAAGAGGCUGGGCUGGUUUCUCCGCGAUGGUAGAAGAGGAAGAGGGAGGGCCGAUCGGCUAGACUUGUGCAAGAUGUGCUGCAAGCCCGAGAGAAGGACAGGGACGCUGUUUCGGCAGUGUAGAUCUCACCUACAUAUCACCAUGGCGGUUUUACUACUUGUGUCAGUGAUCCGCUAUGGACUUGUUGAAGCCGCCGCCGCCCCAAGCGUGCAGACUCCGGUGGUGGACGUGGUGCACGGGAACGUCGGGGAGGACGUGACGCUACCGGUUCGCGUUCGCACGGACCACCAGGUCUUCGCGCAGACGUGGAAUAAGCUGUACGGUGGUGUUCACAGCAUGAGGGAAGCCGUGUACAUGGACUCCCCGAGCACUGGAACAGCGAUGUCGCUGGGCUCGCUGAAGGGCCGCGCAUCGCUCGGGCCGGACGGGUCGCUCCGGAUACAUCGGGCCGGCCCGGACGACGAGGGGAUGUACGUGUUAUCUGUGCUGAUGGACGUGGUGGGACAAAAGGAGCAUUACGUGACGCUGCAGAUGCACGUCCCCCCUCAGGUUGACUUUAGUGAGCCCAGCCCUCUCCACGCCAUGCAGAACAGCCUGGUCACGCUAAACUGCACCGUGAGACACUCCAGCGUCCUGCUACAAGACGUCCAGUGGAAAAAGGACGGCUCACAACUCUGGGAACGACGGACGGCAAAUCAACAACACCAUGGCAACGGCCAAUGGAUGGAUGUCAUGACGUACACAGAAAGUGAUGACGUACUGACGUCGGUGCUGACGUUUCAGGCGGUGAAGAGGGAAGACAGCGGCAACUACACUUGUCAUGCGCACCACAGAGGAGGGAUUGUUGUCGCAAGUUUAUUUCUUGAAGUAUUCUAUUCUGCCAAGAUUAUCAACAUCUCGGAAUCCCCGCAGCUUGUGUUAGAGAACGCGAACGUGACGCUAGACUGUGUAGCUGAAGGAAACCCCCCUCCCAUCCUGUCAUGGCACAAAGAUGGCGACUACUCCUCCCUCAAAUCCACCUUCUCGGACGCCGGCUGGCACAGGGAGCGCGUCGGGCGCCUGAACCUGACCCUGCUGAGGUUCCGGGAGGGGGAUAGCGGCGUCUACACGUGCGAGGCGACCAACGGCGUGCCGAGCGGCAGGAAGGACAACAAGAGUGUGCUUGUCGCUAUGAUGCAGGUCAAGGCGAUCACGGCACCAGGGCCGGAGACGGAAGCCGAAAAUGCAAUAAUCGUUGAGAGAGACCCCUCCACGCCAAACGACGUGUACCAACAAGGUGGAGAAAUAGACAAUGACUUCUACAGUACCUUGGUGACUGUUGGGAUCGUCACAGUGACCGCGCUCUCUCUGCUCUUACUUCUCGCUGUGGGUUUUCUCUUGUGUCGGAGGAAGAAAGCCGUCGGGACAAAAAUCCUGAAGACAAACAUCAGACGAGACGUCGUCAGACACAGACAUUUGGGGCAAAGCAGAGAGGUUGAAGUUUAUCGGUGACCGCUUUUCUUUACUGCGGUGCCAAAAGGAACGUUCUCAACAAUAAGCCACCUCAUUGUAUGGUGCAUUGUGGUCUAG